AUGUUGGUCGGGGGGGUUGGUGUAGUGUUUAUUAGGUCAUUGGUUGUACUAUUUAGAUGUUGUGUUGGUUGUGUUGGUUGUGUUGGUUGUGUUGGCUGUGUAAUAAGCGAUUCUUGGGCCGACGGAAAUGAAGUUAGCUGGACAGGUGGAGUGCAUAAAGCGUCACUGAUGGUAAUAAGCGAUUCUUGGGCCGACGGAAAUGAAGUUAGCUGGACAGGUGGAGUGCAUAAAGCGUCACUGAUGGUGACGCUCAGACUAUGCAACGUUUCAUAA